AUGGCCCCAGACCCCAGCAUAGAGAAAAACAAACCCAAAUCCUUCGAAGCCCUCACCCCAGAACUCUCCUCAUGGAUCCUCGACUUCACCACCUCCAGCGGCUUCACACGCACAACGCCGGUGCAAGCCAUGGCCAUCCCGUUACUCAUGGGCAACAAAGACCUCGUCGUCGAAGCCGUGACGGGCAGCGGCAAAACGCUGAGUUUUCUGAUCCCGAUGGUUGAGAGGAUUUUGCGCGCGGAGGAGCCGAAUAAGAAGGGGUAUGUGCGGGGGGUGGUGGUGGCGCCGACGAAGGAGUUGACGAGUCAGAUUUGGGAGGUGUUGAGGGGGUUGGUGGGGUUUCAUGCGCCUAGUCGGGGUUUUUUGAGGAAAGUUGAGGGGAUGGGGGAUGGGGUGGAGGAUGAUGAGGAUGAGGUGAUGGGGGAUGGCGAGGAGCAGGAGGAGGUUUUGCCGGGGCCGUAUGUGAUUCCUCAGUUACUUGUUGGUGGGAGGACGAAGUUACCCGAGGAUCUGGCGACUUUCUCGAAACUGAAUCCGAAUAUUUUGAUCGGGACGCCGAAGCGGAUGGUGGAGGUUUUGUCGUCGUCGAAAGUGCAGCUGAAACGGCAUUGGUUUGAUCUCCUGGUUUUGGACGAGGCUGAUCGAUUGCUGGAUCCGAAUUUCCAGCCGGAUUUGCAGAGGAUCCUGGAGUUGGUGCCGAAGGAACGGAGGACGGGACUUUUCAGUGCGUCGGUUUCGGAGGCUGUGGAUGAGCUGGUGAGGGUGGGGAUGAGGUAUCCGUUUAAGAUCAGUGCGAAGGUGAGGAGUAAAUCUGGAGCGCUGGAUAAGAGGACGCCGGAGAGUUUGAAGCUUUAUCAUUUGGUUACGAAGCCGACGCACAAGUUGCCGAUGCUGAAAGGGAUUUUGGAGGAGAAGCAGGCGGAGAAAAGUAUCGUCUACGUCUCGACCCGAGCUGGUGUGGAUUACUGGAAUCAUGUCCUUCCUUCAUUACUCGGCGUUUCCGUCUUUCCAGUCCACGGAGAUCACAAACACGCCAUCCGAGAGAAGAAUCUCCAACGAUUCCGCGACUGCGUUACUCCAGCUAUCCUCCUCACAACAGACGUCCUCGCCCGAGGAAUCGAUAUCCCAGACAUCGACCUCGUGGUCCAACUCGACCCCCCAUCCCAACCCAAAGACUUCAUCCACCGCUGCGGUCGCUCCGGCCGCGCAGGCAAACGCGGCGCAGCCAUCACCUUCCUCCACCAAGGCAGCGAAGAGGACUACAUCAAAUACCUCGACAUGCAAGGCACCAAGCUCGACCCUUACCCCUCCCCACCCACAAUCUCAGACGAAGAAGCCUCCGCCACCACCUCCCAAAUCCACUCCACCCUCCACUCCAAACACGAACUGCACGACCGCUCCCAGAAAGCCUUUGUGAGCUGGGUCCAAGCCUACAACAAGACCCUCCCCGCGGAUAUCUUCAGCGUGCGCAAAAUCUCCUGGGCAGAGCUGGGGAAAAGCUGGGGACUCCUCCGCUGGCCCAAAAUGCCCGAGCUGAAAAAACACUGCCCGGAAGCCGUCUCCGAUCGGACCUGGUCCCUCGACCUCCCAUCAGAUUUCCACCUUGACAGCAUCCCUUACGCCGACAAAGUCCGCGAGGAGAAACGCCUCACGGACAACGCGGCGCGCGCGAGGGGGGAGAAAGUCGAACUUCCCGCCAAAUUCGCAGGCAAACUCGCGGAGGCGAGGAAGAGGAAGGAGAGGGCUUGGAGUGCGCAAAAGGGGGCGAAGGCGGUAAGGGAGGGGAGGAGGGAGAGGAAGGAGGUCAGGCGGGUUGCGGAUAAGAAGGGGAAGAUGACGGAUCAGCAGCGGGUGGAGGCGAGGGAGUUGGAGGCGUUGAUUGGGAAGGUGAGGGAGAGGAAUGCGAGGGAGAGGGAGGGGGAGGAGGCGGAGGGGGUGUUUGAGGGGUUUGAGGAUUGA